CCACAAUCAAAACAUCAUGACUGACGCGAUUCAGAAACAGCCAAUGUCCUUUCCCGCAGAUGUGUUUGCGACACUAACGCCAACUCCAUAUCUUCUCGCUCAUCUAACACCAUCAAAUUCAAAAGCACCGUCGCUUCGAGCGAAUGGGAGGAAGCCUGCAGAAUUCCGUUGUCCGCAGGUUAACACCAACUCCCUCACCCACUGUAAUGGAAGUGCCGUAGUCCGAUUAGGGGACUCUGCGGUAGUAUGCGGGGUUAGAGGAGAAAUACUCUUGUCCAAAGAUGUUCCCAAUCCGCCGAAGGUCGAGCUGCUGGAGAACGCAGCAAUGGAUGGUGCUACUACUGCGGACGUAGACGAUUCAGAUGAGCUGGCCUCAUUGAAUGUGCUCGUACCAAAUAUAGAACUCGCCACAGGAUGCUCAGCAGCGCAUAUACCUGGCAAUCUUCCCUCGUCUCUAGCCCAGACAUUGUCGCAGCGCAUCUUAUCGUUGUUGCAUUCUACACGUCUCGUCCGUGCUUCGGACCUAAGAAUUCUCUAUCGGCCACCAAAUGAGAUCAAUGAUGACUCGGAUGAAGUUCCACCACUUGAAGUUGCAGCGUAUUGGACCCUAUACAUCGACAUACUGUUCAUAUCACUGGAUGGCAAUCCGUUCGAUGCAGCGUGGUGCGCUCUUCUCGCAGCGUUGGAAAGCACGGUUUUGCCCAAAGCAUGGUGGGAUGCAGACAUGAACUCAAUAUUAUGCUCAGAAGAGGCGCAUGAAGCAAAGAAACUAGGCUUAAGAGGCUUUCCAGUGCCAACAACAUUUGUGUUGUUUGAGCCCAGUCGUGAGAAGGGCGUCAAGGAGACGAGGAACUGGCUUCUAGCUGACCCAGACUCAUUUGAGGAGGAGCUGUGUGAUGAAAGUGUUACCGUCGUUGUUGACUUGUCAACAGGAGAUGCUAGAGUAAAGCGGAUAGAAAAAAGUGGGGGUGGAGUGACUGAUGUCAAUUUGAUGAAGGACUGCGUUGAAAUUGCAACGAGAAGAUGGGCCGAAUGGAGUGGAAUUUUGCAAAAUUAAAUGCAUAAUCUUUUUAACGAACUGGUUUGCAUUGACUUCCUUGCAUAUUCAAAGCAUUGGAGGGAAUACGAGCGGAAUGGGGUCGAAUAAAGAGGCUGACGAGUAUGUGUUGAGACUAGACGAUGCUGACAUCCCCAAUCUCAUAACCAUGUUCACAAAUCUGCUACUGUCGGGUUCAAGAAAUGGAGAGCUUAUACGGACCCAGAGUCUCAAGAGCCACAUCCAAGGGCAGAAAUCAGAUGUUAAAAAUUUGAGUUUCUCUUAAUAUUUGAACCUGGAAGCAUACUAUUAGAUGCCAUGAUACCCUUUAAGUCUUGCCAUUCGCUCGACCAAAGCUUGCACGAGGUUCGGAAAAGAUACAUUGGCAAUCGCCAUAGCAUUGGAAAGAAAUGUUGGAGGAUAUUUACGAUCCCAUCUGAAUGGCCCUAGCGCAGUUUGUCAGGCAUCCCGGUCAUUAUAUAGGGAAACUGAUCGCAACUUUACCUCUUUACCAUCCAUUCACCAGCUGUGUAUAUAGUGUUUUCAUCAUCUCCAACGGAUACUUUGCC